ACAACUCCCAGAAUCUCCCAAACCAUCAUCGCAACUCGCAAGUGACACCAAAACCUCCAUUCCCUCCACCCCCUCAGAGUCUCCUACGUUCAUGGCGACGGCGGCUGCGAGUCGGCCCAGCGGGCCUGUGCUGUCGACACCCAACUGCCGCUCCUACUCAUCCACCCCCAUCAAGCUCGCCGGCGGCGACGCCACCCACUUGCUGGGCAAGUCCGUCAGCGUCUCGUCCCCGUCCCCCACCAGGAGCCAGCACUACUGCACGUGCUCCGCGACGAACCACCCGGGCUCGUUCCGAUGCAGCGUCCACAAGGAGCGCAAGCAGGUGGCCCCCGCCGGCAGCAGCAAGCCCCCAUCCCCGCCGUCCAUCCGCGGUCUCGGCUCGAAGCGAAUGAGCAGCCGGCAGUGCGCCCGCAGGGCCCUCAAGCCGUCACCCGCGGUGCAGCAGUCGCAGCAACGGAGGCGCGCGGGCGGGUUCCGCCCCAGGCCCAGUAGGCUCUCCGCCGUGUCCACCGCCGGCGAGCGUCCCCGCGACAACUAGACGUAAACAAAUCAACCUCGACAUGCCAUAGCUAGGUAGAAUCGAUUCCGGCCUAGUCAAUUAGCUAAGCCACUUAGCUGUACAUAGAGUGAGCCUCUUCUUCUUCUCCGGCCCGGCGUGUUUAACGCCCCUGGUUUUGGAUAUAGAUGAACAUGAGUGACAAAUUGGAGACACAUGGCACAUGCGUCUGAUCUCUUGCCCCGUGACGGGAGGCUUAUCUGUCCAUGGAUGAUUUGCAGCAACAACUUUCUCCAUCUGCAUCUAUUUCUUUUUCUGUUUCACAGUGGCGUCUCGCCGUCGCUCGCUCCCGUCAUGCGGCAACCCUGUCCCAGCCUCCCGGAUUACGACGAGAUUUCUGUUGAAUUUCAUGAUUGCGAGCAAAGUGAUCGAGACUGGGUCGAGGAUUUUUGUUCUUGCUGCUCGUGAUAUUUUUCGUGUUGGCGCGACGAACGGCUGAGCGGGUUGGGUUAACCUCUCCAGCUGGCCUGCUUUCUUGGCAGUUGCGGA